UUCCCCAAAAAAAAUAAAUAAUUGAUACCAUUUUCACAUGGGGUGCUUUAAAUAAGUAGGUCCUCCGUCAACCUCAACUUUCCACUCUGCAUCCAAUAUUCAUCGUACACGUAGGUACCUGCUUACCCAAAAACGACACCGUUUCGAACCUUCGUCCAAAUCAAACCUCUAUAUCAACUCCACAGCUCAAUCACUCUCUCUCUCUAUCUCUCAUUCUCUCUCUCUACCUCGUUCGCUUCACCUACUUUAGAUCCACUCCUUUUAAUUUCAUCCCAUUUCCAUAACCCCACUGUUCGAUUCUUCUUCUCAAGCUCAAUUUUGAACAAUUUUACAGAAUUUUUUUUUUAAAAAACAUGUAAUUCCGCGCUUAAUUCUCAACUCCGUGAUGAAUUGAGGUAAAAUUGAAGAUGGGUGGUGAUUGGUUUGAGCCGAUGGGGAGAAGGGUUCAGAGAAGGGUGUGGCUAGGGUUUCAAAUGUCAAUGGGAUUACUGGUGGGUGGAAACCACACCUCCUCCAGGUUUUGCACUCGCUAAACUGUGUGUUUUUCUACAGUUAGUCUUAGUUGGCUUUCUAUUUAAAAAUCUCUUUUUUUUAACUACUGAAAUAAUCUUAUUCUGUGAGCUU